CGGCAUUACUAUAUUGUAAUUCACGUUAACCAGGAAUACUGGAUGCUAACUGACAAGAGUUUUCAUAUGAACGAUCGCUCGAAAGUCCAAGAUAUCUGUCAAAAGCCAACUCUAUUAUGACUAAGAAAUAAAUUGCUUCACAUUGUCAUCCGAUUCGGAAAUGUUAUUGAUUUGGAGUGUACUGAUCCCCAUUGUAUGUUUAUGGACGGUUGGCAUAAUUUUCAUGUGGUCAUUUGAUAGUAACGAUUCGAUUAAUACCUAUUCACUGUUUGACUCGGUUUGCAAGAAUGUCUACUUUAAACAAUGUACACAGUCAAGAAGUUCAUGGCUUAAAUGCAUCGGAGAUAUAAACAGACCGAACAGACAACACAGACGGAACCACACAGAUCUAACGUCAAAAUGGCCACCGUCUUCUAUAGCUGAGUUGUUUGAUGAUGCGUUGCCAAUAAUCAAUCUUGCUUUACGUGUUCCAGUUGCUAAGAAUGCUGAGAAUCCUUUCGAUAGCCCAUACUAUCGAAAAUAUCUACGCCUCACCACAAGAAAUGAGGACAACAUAAUGAGAUCCCCGGGUCUCUGGUCAUCCGGAUACAAUUUAUUCCCUCAAACAUUAGAUUUUGACAAAGUGAUAUACGAUUUUGAAAAGGGUUUUCCAUCAACCACAUUGCCAAUAAACAAUCCGGACAUAUUGGUAUUACGACUGCCAAAAAGUAUUUGCAACCCAUGUGGGAGAGAACGUGUUCCUGACUUAAUUGUUGUGAUCAAAUCCUGUAGCUACUGUUCGAAUGAACGGGACCAUGCACGAAACACAUUUAUGCAGAAGCACUUAUGGUCGAAUAUCACUGUCCAAUUCGUCUUUGUUGUGGGUAUACCCUAUCCAAAUGAAUCAAACAUGUUCACAUUUGGUAAUUAUAAAUUUCAACUGAGAAAUUCUUGGUGGAGGUUAUCGAGGAAGCAUGACAGAGAUAGAUGGACAUUUAUUAAACGACUUGCAAUGGAAGCAGAUUUUCACGAAGACAUUUUGUCCCCUGUUACCGCAUCCAUUCUUCCACCAGAAUAUAAAAUUUUUAUACAUCACUGGCUUCAAAUAAUAAAGGGCGUUUGCAAAGAUAGAAAGUUCGCUCUCCGGCUUUGCUGACCACAUUUUUACAUCACCCAUAUCAUGCCAAGAAAAGUAUUGAUUGUAUAGAGUAUUGUUAUUAUCAAGAUACAUCAAGUAUUUGGAAACUUUUCUCGAAUUUUUAAACUGAUCCACAUGAAUGAAAGAAUGAGAUGGUGAAAUUUUGGAAUGUUCCUUAAUUUAGGCACUCAAAACUAUGGGUAAUAUGUUAGUCCUGAAAGUUCAUUGAUACAUAGAGUUUGUUAAACAUAGUAGAGUACAAACAUUAUAUUUUUGAGUUGAAUGAUUUAAAGUAAUUAACUUCGCUGUAAGAUAUUUUCGAUGAAUGAUGGAAGUUGUUAGUCUCUACUCUUUGCAGAUUACUCUAAUAAGUUCUAGAGUAGAAUACAAAAGUUAUCCGAUUAUUUUUUUAGUGGUUCUUCAAUUGGUAUCAGACACUGGAUCUACUACAAAAUGUAACAGCGUGCUGUUGGCUGUAAUGUAUGACACUCGAUUUCCAUUUUCAGUGAUUCAAAUAUAACCACGUUAUUUUCAUUUUUAGUUUAUUAAAUAUGUAUUAGUGUUAGAGAAGUAGAUUUCUGUGAGUUUCGCUUUAUAAUACGUUCGACAGGAAUUUAUUAGAAAUGACAGGAAAUCUGAACUAAAUUUACAGACAUUCUGUAAGUCGUGAACGAUAUACAUAAAUAAUAAUUUACACUCGAAUCAUUUGUUACAAAAGAAACAUAUUGAUUCAUUUUUCAUCGUUUGUUUGAAUCUUCUCAUCGAUGUUUAGGACUAUAAUUAAUCAGUCUGUUAUUGGCAUAUGUGCAUCCUGUGAGGAUUGCCUUGAUAUUGCCUUAAGUCACAAGCGUUAUAAGCAAAGAUUGAUAGUGGCUUGCAUUGGAAUCUAAGACUCACGUUUUGUACUACUCUGGACUCGUCAAAUGGAUGCACCUGCAUCCUGGGGUUGAUGUCUACUCCAGGAAUCGAACCCAGUACCGUUCGCUUCAAACGCUAUCCCGUUAUCCACCUAGCUACUAACUCCAGAUGGCUACUAGCUUGUUUAAUGAGGCAGUUUCAUUAAUUACUGUAAAAAUAUGGAGAUAAUGAACAGUAGAUGAGAAGAAAACUACAGUCAACAAACCGAAAUUUCCGAAUCAAUAACUUUGAAGUCUGGAUAAAAAAACAUCAGUUUUAUUCGAGUUCCUCACUGUCAACUUUUAUCAAAUUGAAAUAUGCUGUCCGACACUGUUUUGACUGCUGUCUUUCAUUACCCAAAAACAAAUACAGACCAUCGAUAAAGUGAUGAUGACAAUAAUUAAUUUGAAUCGAUUGCUAUAAUUUAGAAUAAAACGUUUUAAUGCAUACAUAGAGAAAUUACUUCUUUAAACACUAAGAUCAAAAGUAAUCUGUUGUUG